GCCAAGAGGGGAAGGCAUGCAGUGGCUGCAGCCUUACUUCUGGCAUUCCUGCUUCCUGCCAGUCAGGUAUCUUCCAACUUGGAAGGGAAAAUGAUGUCAGUCACUGGGAAAAUCGGGUCAGCUGUUGAUAUCACUUGUCAUGUUGAACAAAGUGUCGCCGAUAUCCACUGGUACCUCUUCCAGGAGGGCAAGGCCCAACGACGCCUCCUCUACUAUGAUGUUCUUAACUAUGAGAUGGUGGUGGAAUCAGGAGUCAGUAAAGAAAAAUACAACCCUGUUAUAGGCACGGUAAAGAGUUUUAAGUUGAGACUGCAACAUUUGGAAGCAGGAGACUCUGGAGUAUAUUACUGUACUAGCUGGGAGAAUGAAUACAAGAUAGUCUUCGGCAGUGGAACAAAACUUGUUCUCACAGGUGGCUGUCGCCCCAAGCCCACUAUUUUUCUUCCUUCACCUGCUGAAAGAAAUCUCCAUAAGGCUGGGACAUGUCUGUGUCUUUUUGAGAACUUUUUCCCUGAUGUUAUUAACAUAUAUUGGAAGCAGAAGAACAGCAAUAGUCUCCUGGCAUCCCAGCAGGGAGAUAUCAGGAAGACCGGUGACACAUACAUGACGCUCAGCUGGCUGACUGUGCCUGAAAAGUCAUUGCAUAGAGAGCACCAGUGUGUCGUCAAACAUGAGAGUUAUAAUGGAGCUGACCAGGAGAUUCUCUUUCCUCCAAUGAAGACAGAUAUGCUGCAGCUGCAGCUCACAAACAACUCUGCCUGCUACACCUACCUCCUGCUGCUGGUCAAGAGCGUGGUCUACUCUGCGGCCACCGCCUUCUGUGUGAUCAGAAGGACAGGUGUCUGCCGCCCUGGGAAGAGCCCCUUACAGAUGGUGGCACAGAGGGGUCAUCUUGCCUACAUUGUGUAUUGGCCCCCAAAGUGUCUGCUGAGCACCGAGCUGGGUUAA